CCGACCAAAAAUUAGGUCGGAUUUAAAAGGACAUGCACGAUUGAGGAACGCUCCAGCCCUCUUUUGAAGAAGAGGACUCAUUCCUUCUUCCAACGCACCAGAGAGAGGUGCUCCUUCAAAACUACUAGCUAGCUAGAGAGAGCCAAAGCCGGAAGAAAGCCACCAAGGUGCUCCAUAUCUUUCAUAGUAGAGGGGGUUGAGGAGUACCAUAGGGAGAUAUCUACGGAAACUACUCUAGUACCGAUCAUGGCAAUCCCCAUGGCAAAAACAACUCGUCUCCGAAAAGAAAACCUCAUAAUGUGUGUAACAGUCCAACGACUAGGCAACAAUAGGCACAACCAUGAAGAGAUGGGGCUGUCUUGCACUUUUGGUGCUGACAUGUGCUUGCAUGGCAGUGCUGCUGCGGCCAUCGCUUGCGUCCAACAAGAACCGAGCCUUGAGGGCCAGUGAAAAUGGCCAAGCCAGUGUCUACAAAGGUGAAGUAACCGUGGAUUUUUACAGAUUAUUUGAAGAGAAACGUUGGCUGGGAAUCAUCCCGUACAAGGACUAUACAAUAUCAAAAUCUCGAAUGGCGGGACAACUAUUUUGGAUGAACUAUUGGUUUGACGGUCGAGUCGACUUCAUCCUUGGAGAUAUCUAUGAGAUUGAUGACUCGUUCUACUAUGACAAUCCAUCAGAAAUGGUUUGUGGUAAUGCUCUGAUCAGAUUUGCCGCCAGAGCCAGUUCUGGUGGCCAAGAUCAAAUCAACAAUGUAGACCGAAUCAAUGUAUUGGUGGUUCCCAAGUUGGGACAAAAUAUCAAUGGUUGUGCCAGUGGAGAUGUUCCCUUAGGAGGGAGCCUCAACUACAAGGCACCAGCAUUUGCUCUCACCAGAGACAACACAUUUUUUUACUCGAUUGGGCCUCUUGUCAAGAUUGCCUUCCAGAACCUGUUUGGGUAUGUAGCAGGCCACGAAGCUGGUCAUAUAUUUGGUCUGUUACACACGUCCAUGCCUGGCGAUGUUGCACCCCAGGUCAUGGAAUAUUCUGGUUGUGGAUUGAAUCUGAGAUACCCACAGUUCUCUAAUGAGCAACUUCUGUCCGGUGAUUUCACGGACGAGGUAUCGGGCGAACUCUACACCUAUGCGGAUUGGCAUGGCCAAUCCAACAUUAUGUCUUCUAUUCGCAGUAUUGCAACACUGUUUAUUUGGAAAGCUGGCAUAUUCCGAUACAACUACGAGCCAAUCUUUGAUCAAAUUCUGGAAUGUUGGUUUUCCAGGUCCUCUAUGGGGACUGCUUCUGAUGCUCAAGGGAUGGAUGAAACGAAAAUCAUAGAAAACAGGUAGGUCAACAAGCUACACAGUGUAGGCGUCAUUCUUGGGCUGCUAGUCAAAAGAUGUGCAACAUGCCUAUAUUGGCGAUGCAGCAGCGGUACUUGCAAUGGUUUGCAAGCACUGCAAUCUUGGUCUAUCAUCCUUUGCUUGUCAAAGGAUCAAGGGUAAAUUUGACUGGUAGUUCAGAGUUUGACACUACAACAGCAGUACAGUGGUCAAUCGUAGGAAGAGCUGUUCAUUGGUUCGAUUGUAUUCCCGCUUGAUGUCAACCAUGCAGUCAUCUGCGAAAAUUCUAGAAGAAGCUGUCGUCAGGUGCUCUGCUUUGGUUGUGCAUUCUACCGUAGCUAGCGAUGCAGUGGGAAUCCCAAAGGAUUGACGAAAGGACGUUACUCUGUGGAAAACAAUUCGAUUGUUGGGAUGUUGCCAUUGAAAUGCCUGCUAUAGCUCAUUGUGGGUUGCCGCGUCGCCGUCGAUUUCAUCUUCGUCGCUCUCCUCGUAGACGUCAUCCCCUUCUUCUGGUUCCUCGUGGUCGUAUUCGUGGUCUUCCCAAACGACACCUUCAUAGUGUGGCCAAUAGUCUGUUCGGCCUAAAUGAACCGAUGCUUCAUCGACGGGAUUCCAGUUCCAAUCCAUCUUGUACAAGUUUCCCUGUUGAGGUGUGACGUUGUCACCCCAGUCAUCCAGAAGCUUCAUGUCUUCCUCU